UGAGAGCAGCCGCGUUCCUCUCGGUCUGAGGGACUGUUGUUAUUUCUCUAUUUACUCUCUCCUGUGCAGAGGUCACAGCAGGUCUCCCCUUCCUCACCGUACUUUUUCCGGACCCUCCCCCCUCCACUGCUGUGAUUUUGGAGUCUGGGAAGUAGCAUGCCGGUGGUUGGCGUCGCCUCCAAGCUCAGGCAGCCGUCCUCGGCGGGCAGCAAGCCGGUGCACACGGCGCUCCCCAUCCCCACCGCCGCCCGGCAGCAUGAGCUCCGGGCGGGGGAGGGCGGGCUCUCCUGCCAGCUGUCAAUCAAAUCCCAAUACCAGCCGGAGAGGACACCUGAAGGGAAGUCCAGAGCUCAGGCGGAGGAGAGCAAAAUCUGUAAGAUCUACACAGACUGGGCGAACCACUACCUGGCCAAGUCCGGCUGUCAGCGGCUCAUCAAGGACCUGAGCCAGGACGUCACCGAUGGAGUCCUGCUGGCUCAGAUCAUCCAGAUCAUAGCGAAUGAGAAGGUGGAGGAUAUCAAUGGCAGCCCCAGGAGCCAGUCGCAGAUGAUCGAGAAUGUGGACGCCUGUCUCAGUUUCCUGGACGCCAAGGGAGUGAAUGUGCAAGGGCUCUCAGCAGAAGAGAUCCGUAAUGGCAACCUGAAGAGCAUCCUGGGCCUCUUCUUCAUCCUAUCACGCUACAAGCAGCAGCAGCAGCAGCAGCAGCAGUACUACCAGUCUCUGGUGGAGCUCAGCCAGCAGACCAGCAGCACAGCACCGUCCACCAGCAAGACCCAAGACAUGCAGUCCAGUCUCACAGCGCGGUAUGCCAGUCCUCCGGGCCACAGUGGACUAGGGUCGCCGCAGAAGAAAAACACCAGGUUACCAGGCCCCUCCAGAGUUCCAGCUGCAGGCAGCGGGGCCUCCAGGAGCCCGGGAUCGUCCAACCUCAACCGUCGCAGCCAGAGCUUCAACAGCAUCGACAAGAGCAAGCCUCUGCAGUAUGCCAGCGGCAACGACAGAGAAGCGGUGAGGGGUAUCCCGUUGCCGGGCGGGAUGAACGGGAGCUGUUCUGGCGGGUCGGUUCCCAGCAGCCUCAGCGGUCAGCAGCUGGCCUCUGCCAUCCCCUCGCCCACCAAGUCCUGGCGCAGCAAGUCCAUGAACCUGAAGCACAGCGCCACCUCGUCCAUGCUGGGCAGCCCCACGCACUCCCCCUCCGACGCCUCCGACGCCCUGCAGUCCCACGACGGGUCGAAAGCAGUGGGGUCAGGUGGUGGGGGGCAUCAGAGGUCCAUGCUGGAGAAGUUCCGCUUGAUUAACCCCAGAUCGGCUUCCCGGGCGUCUCCGUCUGUGGCGGAGAUGUCUCUGCAGGAGGAGGAUGACCUGUCGGAGUAUGGUGAGGAUGGGCUGACGGGUUCGGCGUGCAGCAGUGGGAGCAGUUCUACGGCCAAGCAGAUAUCUCCAAAGUCCACAGCUCCGUCCAUCGCAGCACCGAGCAAGACGUCCUCCUCUUCCUCCUCUUCUAAAUCCAACAGGGCCACAGCGUCAUCCAAAGACAGGGAGGACAAAAGCAGCAGAUCCGGGAAGUCUUCUAAGGACAGCUCUCCGCCCAAAGAGGAGCGCGACUCGUCCGCUGACGGAAACAAGAAGAACUCCAAAAUCGCCAGCCUCAUCCCCAAGGGAGGGAAGCCGGGAAAGAAAGAUGGCGGCAGCGGCAUCCCCAAGUCCGGACUCAAAGCUCCCUCCUCUUCCUCCUCCUCCUCCUCCUCCACCACGACGACCAAGCCUCCCGGUCAGCUGCAGAGCCAGACGGCGUUGAACAGCAGCGGGAACCUGCGGGGCGGAGAGGCCGACAGAGGCAAGCUGACCAAAGGAGGGCAGGGAGGGAGUUUCUACAUCCAGCGCUCCAGUGGCGGCCCAGAGACCAAAAGGACCAGUUUGACCUCCUCCACCAGCACCUCGGCCCUGUCCGGGUCCACUGGGAUGCUGGGUGGAGGAGGAGGAGGAGGAGGAGGAGCACUGGGAGGGAACGGAGUAGUUCAACUUCCUCAGCAGCAGCAGCACAACCACCCCAAUACUGCCACCGUGGCCCCCUUCAUGUACAGGACUUUUUCAGAGAACGACUGCACCAUGAUGGCCCCAGCAGAGCCCUGCCUCAGCCCCACCAAGGGGGAGCUGGUCUACAGCAAGACCGCUAAACAGUGCCUGGAGGAGAUCUCAGGAGAGGAUCCUGAAGCGAGACGCAUGAGGACGGUGAAGAACAUCGCUGACCUGCGGCAGAACCUGGAGGAAACCAUGUCCAGUCUGCGGGGGACGCAGAUCACCCACAGUACAAUAGAAACGACCUUCGACACCACCGUAACCACGGAGGUCAACGGGCGGAGUCUCCCAGCCCUCACCACACGCUCCUCCCCCAUGGCCUGGCGCCUCGGCCAAUCACAAACCCCGCGUCUCCAGGCGGGCGACGCCCCCUCGAUGCCCGGCGGCUACACGGCGCCCCGGGCGACCACGACGAGCGCCGGGUGCACCACAGGGCGCUACACCGGGCACACUGACACUUCCAGGUUUGUGUUCAGCUCCCCCCUGAGGCGAGGGGGGAGGGGGGCCGAGCAGGGGGAGAAGGGAGGAGAAGGAGGGCAGCAGCAGAUGGAGAUGGAGAUGGCAGGGUACUUGAGUGAUGGAGAUAUCCUAGGGAGGAGCAGCCGGACCAAUGAGAUCAACAGCGGAUACCUUACCGACGGCGGCCUUCAUCUGUACACGAGGAACGCGGGCCGAGCCUCAGAGUCUUCUUCCUCUCGAGAUGUUUCCCAGAGAGGAAGCAAAGAGAUGCAGGGCGACAUCGACAGUUGGGACGACAGCAGCUCGGUGAGCAGCGGCCUGAGCGACACGUUGGACAACAUCAGCACCGAUGAUCUGAACACCCCCGCCUACUCCACUGCCAGCUCGUCACGCAAAAGCAAAGGAGCGCAGUCCCAGAAAGGCAGCCGGUCCAAGCAUGCCGAGCAGGAGGUGAGCAGCAGCUGGGCCGGAGCCGAGGACCUGAAGAAGGUGGAGGAGGAGCUCGAGGCGAACAUGGACCCCAGCGGAGGCUCCUCCCGGUGGAAGGCUUCCUCGUCGUCCUCUUCCUCUCAGGCCCAGAGCCAGUACGAGGACGCCGGGCAGAAAGCCGCCGCGCUGGCCCAGAUGUCCCAGACGGGCUCGUGGAGGCGGGGAAUGACGGCCCAGGUGGGCAUCACACCCCCCAGGACCAAGACUAGCUCGGCUGCACACAAAACGCCAGGAAAAACUGAUGACGCUAAGGCCUCGGAGAAGGGAAAGUCUCCUUCCAAGAGUUCAGCCGCCAUCCAGCGCUCCCCCUCGGACGCUGGGAAGAGCAGCGGAGACGAAGGUAAGAAACCUCCCUCUGGUAUCGGACGCCCUACCACCACCGCUACCUUUGGAUACAAGAAGCUCCCGGUUCCCGGCGGUACCCUGAUCACGUCCAGCGGUGCGACGCUUGCCAGCGGCUCAGCCACCCUCGGCAAGGCGCCCAAAUCCUCGGCCGCCCUCGGCAAAGGCUCCGGCAUCAGCGGCGUCCGUAAGACCAGCCUUGACGGCUCUCAGCCCGAGGAUGACGACGUCCUGCUCAGCUGCAGUGGCUCCAAACUGACCCUGCAGUACCGAUCCCUUCCCAGACCGGCCAAGUCCUCCAGUGCGGCGGCAGCGGCGGGGCGUGGCAGCCAUCGCUCCAGCUCCAGCAGCAUCGAAUCGAACCCCAGCGGGAAGUCAGCGUCGACGCAGGCCAAACGCCGGGAAGGGAAAGUGAGCUCUGACCGCUCCAGUCCCAUCACCAUCAACCAGACGGACAAGGAGAAAGUGGGCGUGUCGGAUCAGGACGCCACCGCAGCAGCAGGACUGUCCACUUCACACCAGUCCAGUCCCACCGCAGCCUCAGCGGGCCAAUCAGGACUCAGGCAGCCAGGAUCCAAGUACCCUGACAUCGCUUCUCCUACCUUCCGCAGAUUGUUUGGCACCAAAGCCAGCAGCAAGGCCAGCUCUCCGGGCACCCCCGACUCUAGCAAGUGUCCAUCGGUGCUGGGCAGCCCCCAUGGCACGCUGGCGAGGCAGGCCAGUCUGGACUCACCCUCCUCGGGCACGGGGAGCCUGGGCAGCGCUUGCGGUCUGAGUGGCGGCAGCAGCCCGCUCUACGGCAAAACCCCAGACCUGUGCACCGACUCCCCCGCCUCCAGCCCGGCCUCUGGCCUCUCGCUGCCCUCCAACGCUCGGCCCUGGCCCGCCUGCGGCUCAUCGGCCGGCAGCAAGGACACUCUGAGCUGCCAGAGCAUGACCAGCCUUCACACCAGCUCCAUCGAGUCCAUCGAUCUGCCGCUGGGUCACCACGGGCCCAAGGUCACGCGCACCGGCAGCGUCAAGUCCACCCUGUCUGAGGGCAUGCCUCUUGACAGAAACACCCUUCCCAAAAAGGGACUGAGGUACCCUCCAUCCUCCAGGCAGACGUCCCAUGAGGAGGGGAAGGAGUGGUUGAGGUCUCACUCCACAGGGGGGCUUCAGGACACCGGCAGCCAGUCCCCGCUGUCUCCUCCCGGAGCCUCCUGCACCACCGCCGGGAGAUACCAUUACUCCAACCUGCUGAGCCCCACUAACAGCAGCCAGUACAACCUCCCCCCGGGCAGCAGCAGCAUGAGCCGCUCCAACAGCAUCCCGGCCCAGGACUCCUUCGACCUGUACGGAGAGGCCCACCCACUGGGGGGCAGCGCCACCUCUCUGGAGGACCGGCCCCGGGGCAUCAGCCGCUCCGGGUCCUUCAGGGACAGCACUGAUGAAGUCCACGGCUCGUCGUUGUCUCUGGUCUCCAGCACGUCUUCACUCUACUCUGCGACGGAGGAGAAAGCCCACUCAGAGGGCCAAACAGUCCAAAAUUCCACGCAAAUCAGGAAGCUGCGCCGGGAGCUGGACGCCUCUCAGGAGAAGGUGGCGACCCUGACGUCUCAGCUGUCUGCCAACGCUCACCUGGUGGCGGCCUUCGAGAAGAGUCUGAGCAACAUGACCUGCCGCCUGCAGAGCCUCACCAUGACGGCUGAACAGAAGGAGACCGAGUUGGUGGAGUUGAGGGAGACGAUCGAUGCUCUGAAGACCCAGAACAGUGACGCUCAGACGGCCAUCCAGGUGGCGCUCAACGGGCCCGACCACCUGCACAAAGACCUGCGGAUCAGACGUCAGCACUCGUCAGAGAGCAUGUCCAGCAUCAACAGCGCCGCCAGUCACUCCAGCAUGGGCAGCCUGGGGAAGGACGCCGAGGACAAAAAGAAGAAGAAGAAGAGCUGGGUGUCCGACUCCAUCCCCGCUCAGUUGCGCAGCUCCUUUAAGCAGGCGUUCAGCAAGAAGAAAACCAAAUCGCAGUCGGCCCACGACGAGAUGGAGGAGAUGCCCGACUCGCUGCCGUCCUCGCCCAAACUGCAGCACGACAACCGGCAGGGCAGCAUCGCCACGCUGCACUCCUCCGCCUCCACCGCAGAGCUGUGUGAAUGCACCGAGGCCGAGGCGGAGACCAUCCUGCUGCUGAAGAACGAGCUGCGGGAGAAGGAGCUCAAGUUGACCGACAUCCGUCUGGAGGCGCUAAGCUCCGCCCAUCACCUGGACCAGAUCCGGGAGGCCAUGAACCGCAUGCAGAAUGAGAUCGAGGCGCUGAAGGCGGAGAACGAUCGCCUCAAGUCCAGCGGUAACGCCACGCCGACGGCCACCCCCCUCAAAGCCGCCCGACCCCCAUCCGAAACCUCCAGCACGUCCUCGUCCUCCUCCCGUCAGUCGCUGGGUCUGUCGCUCAACAACCUCAACAUCACCGACAGCAUCAUGUCCGACAUCCUGCUGGACGACGGCUACGAGGGAAACCUGCGCAAAGAGGGUCGAAGCGUCCGGAUAGUGGUGACCAUCAGCAGAGGACCGUACACCACCAAGGGAAAACAGAGCCACUCGUACCUGAUUGGGUCGAUAGGUGUGAGCGGGAAAACCAAGUGGGACGUCCUGGAUGGAGUCAUUCGACGCCUCUUCAAGGAGUAUGUGUUUCGGGUGGACCCCUUCACCAGCCUGGGUCUCAGCUCGGACAGCAUCGUGUGCUACAGGAUAGGCGACGUGGUUCGCUCGCACGCCUCCAAAGUGCCUGAGCUGCUGCCCUGCGGCUACCUGGUGGGCGACAGCAACAUCAUCAAGGUCAACCUCAAGGGCGUGAAGGAGAACAGCAUCGACAGCCUGGUGUUUGACACCCUGAUCCCGAAGCCCAUCAUCCAGCGGUACCUCAACCUGCUGAUGGAGCACCGGCGGAUCAUCCUCUCCGGACCCAGCGGCACCGGGAAGUCCUUUCUGGCUGCCAAGCUGGCCGAGUACAUCAUCUCCCAGCUGGGGCAGCAGGUGACGGAGCACAACGUGGCCAGCUUCAACGUGGACCAGAACUCCAGCAAGGACCUGCGUCAGUACCUGUCCAACCUGGCUGAGCAGUGCAACUCGGAGGACUCGGACACGGAGCUUCCCACGGUGGUGAUCCUGGACAACCUGCACCACAUCGGAUCCUUGAGCGACAUCUUCAACGGCUUCCUGAACUGCAAGUACCACAGAUGCCCUUACGUUAUCGGGACCAUGAACCAGGGAGUUUCCUCUUCUCCUAACCUGGAGUUACACCACAACUUCAGGUGGGUGUUGUGCACCAACCACACCGAGCCGGUCAAAGGCUUCCUGGGACGUUUCCUGCGGAGGAAGCUGAUCGAGACGGAGAUCGACAGGAACACGCGCAGCAACGAUCUGAUCAAGAUCAUCGACUGGAUCCCCAAAACCUGGCAGCACCUCAACGGGUUCCUGGAGGCACACAGCUCCUCCGACGUCACCAUAGGACCCCGUCUCUUCCUGUCCUGUCCGAUUGAUGUAGAAGGCUCCAGAGUUUGGUUCACAGACCUGUGGAACUACUCCCUGGUGCCCUACCUGCUGGAGGCCGUCAGAGAAGGGCUUCAGUUGUAUGGCAAAAGAGCCGCGUGGGAGGAUCCCUCCAAGUGGGUGAACGACACGUACCCGUGGAGCGCCGCCUUGCUGCAGCCGGACGGACAGUCUCUGCUGCAGCUGAGGCCGGAGGACGUGGGCUACGACAGCUACAGCUCGUCCAAGGAGGGCGCCUCGUCCAAACAGGUGUCCCAGAGCGACACGGAGGGAGACCCACUGAUGAACAUGUUGCUACGGUUACAGGAAGCUGCCAACUACUCCAGCACGCAGAGCUGCGACAGCGACAGCACCAGUCACCAUGACGACCAGCUGGACUCCUCGCUGGAGUCGGCGCUAUGAGACACAGAUAUAUAUAGUAUAAUAUAUAUACAGUAUAUAUAUGAGAUAACGGGCGGACCAUUGGAAGAUAUUUUUUACAUUACAAACGGUGCAAUGCGGAGUCUAAAUAGCAACGUGGUGGACAAAGUGACAAACAAUCAUCUUAUUUUACACACUCAUCAUGUCUCACAUUUUAGAAUACAACCUUUCAUUAAUGUGUAGGCGUCAGACGAGACACAGAAGAAAAAAAAAGACAAAGCCAAGAAUUCAAAACUGGAUUUUUCUUUUUUUUUGAUCCCAGAUAUGUAUCAUCAGAUGUUUACAAUGGGAGGGGGGGGGUUCUGUUGUUUACGUCUCUCCUUGUUUACAGAGGUGCUUCUCACACACACGUAUACACUCAUGCACUUACACACGGGCAUCAGGAGGACACUGACUUUUAUUUGAAGGCUUUAAAUGUGACCAAAAGUGUUCUAACACAGCACCGUUUAGAUCUCUGACUCGCCUGGGAGGGGGUCAGGUAGGAGAAGAUGAACCCUCCUGUCGUGGUCUUUUCUUCCCCCCUUACUUACAGGUAAAAAUCUGUUUAACCAGAGGUGGAGAAGUAUUCAGAUGCUCUACUUGAGUAAAAGGACCAAUAUUUUAUUAUCUAAAUACUUCAUUACAAAUUGUAGUACAGGUAUAAAGUACCUCAUAGUGUACCUAAGGACAGUACUUGAGUAAACAUGUUGUUUAAUUCUCAGACUACUGGUUUACAUCAAUAACUGCAGUGAAUAUACAAAGAAAAGUACUGCAAAAAUACCAAUUGGUCGAUUUAGGUGUGUGUGCUAUCUGAGUUACCCAUUCAUUUCCUAUAGAGGUCAUUUUGGAGGUGUUAAAAAGUUGACUAAACCUCUCAAAACUCAAUGAAAGUGGUGAUUUUAUAUUUGCAAAUGCCUGCUGUGGAGGAUACCACAAGGCCUUGAGGCAAUCAAAUGUAAAACACAAUAUUUAUGAUGACUGGAAAGGAGUUAGGUGGUGAGAUUUGACCUGUAGACGACAGGAGGGUUAAAGUGUAGCGCCCUCUGGUGGCCACAUUGGAGACUGUAGACAAAGAUCCACCACAUAGAGCCAUUUGAGAAGCCUCUGCAGCCCAAAAUAAUUACAUUUAUACAACACACACUCUCACACCCCUCCUGAUCAGAGGUCAGUUGAGCCUCAUGGUGCUCGGCCCUCAGCUCCUCGCAUGCCAACAACAAGCAUAACGAAAGUGCGUCGUCCGUGUGUCAUUCAGUCACAUUUCUACUGUGAAGAACAAGAUGGAAAAAGUGCCAAUGUUUUGAUUUUACUGCCAAACGUACACACACACACACACACACACACACACACACACACACACACACACACACACACACACACACACACACAGACUUAACAUCACGGGGUUGUACACUUAGAUUAUGUUGUUCUUGGCCUUUGCACGCUCUCUGCAGUCCGCCGUCAACGUAGUUUAGCAUCUCACAGAACCGUCUUCAUUGACUGUUUGCUAAUCUCCUCUUUUCAGCAGCGUUUCACCAAUCAUCUGCAAGCUAUUACUAGUUCAAGACAUACUCAGUAUUAGGAGUUUGGAGGGUAAAGGAUAUAUGAUUGUCUUACUAGCUUACUUAGAGUAUUUAGUAACUGAGCCUAACCUGCUCUUUAUUGAAUUUGGGGAACGUUCCAACUCCAGCAACUCCAUCAGAUAUUGCUCUGAGAUAGCAUUAGCAUAGCAUUAGACCUCAUCCCAAAAGCCUUGUCUCAUUUAACAGUAAAAAGUGAUAGAAACACUCAAAUCUUCUCUCGUUCAACAGUUCAUUUCGUCUCUGGAUAAUGAUAUGUCACAAUAAAGCAUGGUAUCUAUGUGAAUGAAAUAUUUGACAAAUUACAAGUUUUUUUUAUCUUAAAUCAAAUUUCCGGAUACAUUUUAUCUCCAUAUACAAUUUAAUUGAAUUUAAAGAAUCUAAAAUAUAUUAAUUAGAUGCCCAGACCUACUGAAUAUAUAAUGAGAAACAGGAUGCACGCUAAUCACCAACAGAUUUAUGAUAGAAUUGAAAUACUCAGAAACCUAGCUUUGCACUGCGGUACAAGAACAAUCUGAAGUUUGUCGAUAUCUAAAUGAAGCAGGCAAGAAUGCUAACUGUUAGCCAUGCACAUUCAGCUUCAGAGUCAGUCCUCUUUUCUGACAUCAAUAAAACGAGUCAGCAGGAAACAUUAGAAAGGCUAACGUUAGCUCAAUCAGCUAGCUGUUAUUGUUAGCUGCAUUGGUGCAAGAGGCCUGCCAGAAAGGAGAGAAACUGGGGUUAGCAAACAGUCAAUUUCACAUAACUGAUUUCUUUUUACAUUAGUGUUAUCUGCAUGAUGGGGGGGGGGGGGGGUUGAUGCAAGUCAAGCAGUACACCAGAUAUGAGUCAGUGCUGAUCAAUCAAAUAUCAGAAGUAGUGAAUUAAUGCGAGCUUAAUUUCCAGCUUGCCAAUCGUCUGUGGAAUCCAUGAGGUACCAAAAGAAGAGUCCAAAGUAUUUUGAAAAAUGCAAGAUGAGGGAACAAUGAUACUGGUGCUUUCUCACUGCCUUGAAUGUGCAAGGAGGAAUCCUCGACUCCCAUUGGCUAAAGUGACAGUCGGACGAUGGCGAUGUAAGAAGCUGUCAGAGAAACAGCGUCUUGUUUUCCCGCUCCUUCUUCCUCCAAACCGCCCUUUUUGUUUCCGACAGUUAAAGUAUAAAAGAGUUGAUGCUGUCUAUGAAUUUCAAAACUGACCAAUAUUGUAAAAACAUUUAAAAAGGGGAGGGGUAUUUUUUAAGUUGUCGUUUUCCGGCCCAGUUGAGCUGGGCUCACUUGAACUGACAGGAGCACAACCAAACUGUUUUGGGUUUUUCUAGCCUGACGAGCAUGUUUUAAAAGCUUUUUAAAGAAGAGAUCUUUUCUUUUCCGUUAUGUAUGCGUGUAUUGGACGGAAGCCAUUUUUGAAUUUUGAUUGUCCUCUCUUUGUUUAUCGAGUGGGUUGGUUUUGCACACUUUUAAGGUUUUGGGGGUGGGGUUGUAAAUACUUAAGUCUUGCACAGUGAAUCAAAGAUGCCCUGUCGAUGUUACAGUAUGCUUACGCCGCUGAGUAAAUUAUUGUACCUUUUUGAGAGUAAAAAAAAAAAGAGAUGCAAAAACUCAACACGCUGUCAGAAAAACAGAUGUGUGUCUUGUGGAUGUUUUGCCUAUGCAGGAGGCUAACGGUGUACAGUAAGAAAACGUUUUAAACUCACUAAAAUCACCUAAAAUAGGAACUUUCUCAGUAUUCCCCCCCACCUAGUCUGUUGACCAGCUCAUAGAGUCCUAUUGUGAACCUGGAAAUGUUAAGUACCUCAAGUUUUCUGUUAGAAAUGUACAGUACUAGUCUAAUUAGCAUAAUUAGCAUAAAUUAGCAGACAGCAGCUAAAAAAUGGCUUGGGCGAUUUGGACAGUUUUGAAAUGGUUUCGGGUUAUUGAGGAUGCCCGAAUCCAUUCUGACAUUUUUAGGAUCAAAAAUGAAAGAUUUAACCAGAAGGUUGGCAUAUUUGUACUCCCGGUGGACUGAUUUGAUGAAUUUUGGGUCGAUUUUAAAGUUUUAGGGGACUGAAAACUGCCACUUAUGAUCCUAAAAAUGUCAGAAAUUGAUUCAACUUCCUCAAUAACCUGGAAAACCAGACCAAAAUUAGUGAUUGUUUAGUACAGUUUCUACGUGCUUUGGACCUGUACUAUACAUUUCCUAACUAAAACUUUGGGGUGCUCUCCGGGUUGACACUGCUGGCAACUAGACUAUCCUGCAAUAAUAUUAUCUGGAUCCUCUCCGUCUUUAGGGAAUGCCCGUUAUUUCCUCAGAUGCACUUCCUCUCUGGACAUUUUCACCCGAGUUUACCUUAGGCCUGCCAGCUGUCAGAGGCACCGUACUGUAAUCAUUCAACAACAACCGGUGCUACCACAGUCGAAAUCCCACCGGAGACUAAGGAGUCAUGUUGUCACAACCUCAGGACAAUCCUACCUGUGUUCAACCUCACAUGUCUCUGCUGCUUAGCCUCCGAUGGGUCACACAAAACCUACCGUCCUUGCUUCUGUAAGGUUGCAUGAUAAGGGGUUAGUUAACAGAGUAACUCCUUACCUAAAGUUACACCUAUGUCUCAAACCUGAUCCACAAUCCUGUAGGCCGAGAGUUCCCGAUCUAGCAGAACUAUGACAACAGUGUUUUACACCAUAGUGUUGGCGGUCCGCUGGUCAGUUUUCCCACUGUACACUUUUUGCAGUUACAUCUCAGUUAUAGCAUUUACUCUGGUUUGAGAGAAAGUUUUCUUGUUUUUGGGUGAAACAUUUGUCCUUAAAUGUUUUAUAUUUUGUACAUUUGUAUGUAACAUAUCAUGUAAAUAGACAGAGACAGUGUUUUAACUCAUCUGGAGGAUUUUGUAGUCUUUGUAAAGCCCUAAUAAAUGGUAUUUGGUGUCACACAAGCAAACUA